GGACGCGAACCGGCCACUUUGCAGCAGCGUGCUUACAUCAAUCAUGGCGACCGAAGACCCGCUACUGCGCUUGCAGAUCCUGCAGCGAGACCUCGUUGCGGCGACAGACUCGCAAUUGAGGAACAUCACGCGCCUUUCGGACCAGCUUGAUGCCAGCGUCAAGGAUCUGGAGAACUUGCUGAAGCGCACGAGGAAGAAUGACACCAGUCGCAACAUCAUCAAGCCGACGACCAGUCCGCCGACCGACACGAUCACCGUUGACGAUGUUGAAUACCGUGUGCGAGAAGAAUUCCGAGACGCGGCUAUUGCUGUCGCCAACGAGCUCGAUCUCGACGAGGUCGAGGCGGCGAAGCUCUGCAUACAGGCCCAGAUAGACGGCAGCGCGCCCGAUGCGUCCUUGCCUUUGCGUGCCAUGGUUCGAUUCCACGAGCAGCGUGCAACAUUACUGGACUGUAUGCGGCUGUUGUUACAACUGGGCAUUGACACAGAUGCUGCGCCCGACGAGGAACAGACGGAAGCCUUUCGAGAAGUGGGAAGGAAGAUAGUAGAAGGAAGAGGUCAGAAAGGCAAUGAGGAGAAGCGACCAGAUCCCUCCGCAUACUGGCGUGCCUGCGUUGAUGGGCUGGGUGACAUCGAGAACUUGAUCAAGAAAAUGGCUGAUGACCGGGAGCGACUUGCCGUCACAGAGCUGGGUGCAUCGCCGGACAGGAACGAGGCUCUUCGCGCACAGCGAUACCUCUUGACCCGACAGCAUGAGUUCCUGGCUGCCAUCAUGUCUUACUUGAUCCGGGGAAGUUUCGUGCAGCCGGAGGACUAUCGCAUUUUUUUGAGCAAAGCUUCGACUUCGGAGACAGAGGUCGACAUCACGAUUCACUAUCUUCCCAUCUUAAUCAGUGGCGCCUCGCACAUCGGCUCUGAAGGUGUCACCAGUCCAGAAGUUGCUCGCGAUUUGCACAAACUAUUCACCCCGGGAAACACGCAACUGCAAUGGAAGCAGCCGAUGCUCAGGGCAGCGGCAACCGUAUGCUGGCUCGCUGAGUACAGCUCCAGGUUUAUGGGCAACUCACAUUCAGCAAAUCAAAGCUCCGCCACCCGUAAGGCCGAGGAAGAAGCCCGCACCAAGCUUUUCUUCGACUCUUUGAAGGAUAAGGCGUUCCAUUUCAUACUGGCUGCUGCCGCCUUCCUGAAGCCGGUAGCCUGGUACGACCCCUCGCGCACUGGAAUCGUCGAUUUCUUGGUCGAUGGGGCAGUGAGCGUGGUGGAAAUGCCUCGGGCUUCGAACGAUUUUUCGGUGCUGACCAUGCGCGAGUUGCAGGCAUUCGCGGAUGCGUUUGUGACCAACAUGCCCGACUGUCUUCGUAAGCUGAAGCUUGACGAGGAUGAGAUGAGGCGAACCCUACUAUCGCAGUCUGGUAAUGGACAAGCGCAUUCUGAACUUGAUCUGGAGCGUUUCAUGGUCAUAAUGGCCUGCGCGUAUCAGGACGACGCGGAGGCUGCGCACGACUUCUGGGCCGACAAAGAGAGCAACCUCUAUGGGUUCCUCAGAUGGGUUUCUGUGCGACUGCCGACCCCUCGAGUGGCAGCAUUCUGUCAACUGUUGAGGUCCAUUGCAUGCGAUGACAAAUCUGCCGAUCAGGCUCAUCGCUUUUUACUUGAAGAUGCGGGCAUGGUUUCAGGAAAGCUUCGCAAGACAUAUGCAGUCAGCUGGACCCAGAUCUUCAGUGAGCUUGAGCUCUAUUCAACCGGCCUCAAAAACCGACCAGCUGCCGUACCUGCACCUGGCCAAGAGCGCACUACGGUGGAGGACAACUUCGAGGAACCUGAAACGGGCAUCAUGCUGGACUCGUAUCUCAGCCUCGCCUCGCACAUAUGUCGCUCUAGUCCAGAAGCAAGGAACUGGCUGCUAAAGGACCAACCGUUCCAUCUUGGCGAGGUGAUGUUCCAGCUGGCCCGAACUGCUACCAUUGCGCGUGUGCGAGCGUGCUGCCUGGACUUGCUAGCGGCAUUGCUCACGGACAAGGUUUUGGAAGUCCGCAAUGGCAUGUGGGUGCUUUUAGACAGCUGGAUUGCAAGUGCUGGUCUAGAUGGGUCGCACCUCCCGCGAACACAGCCGCGUAUUCAAUACCCAGCCAAGCAAUACUUGCAGGCCUAUGCCAAUAACGCAGAAGCAGGCGCUGCCCUUUUGGCACUUCUGAACGCAUUGGUAUCUCCCUUUUCAACUCAGGCUGACAUGCCAGUCGACAACCUGCCAUUUCCGGAAAACCUUGGAUCACCACAUCGACACGCCGGAAUCGAAAUCUAUGUUGAUUUUGUCAUGGACGCUGUCUUGGCUCGCAAAGUACCACGCAUGCCGGCCGAAGGUGAGCUCAGCCUGCUGACUUUUGUUCGAUAUGAGUGUUUGCAUUUCACUCAACAGUGUCUCUCAAGCUUCAACGAGGAUUUGGUACUUCUGGCCAACACGACGAGUGUUGCGGUCGAGUCAGCCAUGGAGACGAAGUCAUUGGCUACAUACGCUCGAUUGCAUCCAUUCGCUCGAGUGAUGGAGUGGCUAUUCGACAAAAAUGUCAUCGCAUCAGUCUUCGCAGCUGCCCAACAGAACUUGGACACCUUGGAUCACGCUGAACCGACUUCCCCCAUUGUUCGAGCCACUGUCAAAGCAAUACAAAUUCUGAAUCUGGCUUGGAAAAUGCAGCCAACAUACUUCGACAUUGUUCGCCCUAUCGUUGCAGGACAGAACACAACGACACAGCGGGUCACUAGCUCAACACUUUCUUCAAUCGACGAUGCAUUUCUCACGCACCUCGAUGCUGUGAUUGACAUUGCUCAAUUCACCUCAAGCAAGCAUCCCGAACUCAGUCUUGAGUCCACGGCGCUGUUACAAAGAAUCGCAUCCUCACGAAAGAUAUGUGAGAGUCGCGAGCCUGGUAUGGCGCGGUCAACUGGCAGUAAUCGUCUCAUCGGGCUGCUGGCUCCACUGAGCGAAGAUUUGACUCUCAGUCUGCAAGCCAACUUCCACCUGCUCGAAUGGGAUUUGGAGACUGAGGACAUUCCGCCUAAGAUGAUCAAAGCGAAAUCAUUGCUUGACUCUUUACGCGCAAGUCUGGAUGCCGCGAACGGCAAGCCUUGUCUCGCGCAUUGUCUGCUUGGCUUCCAGUGUUACGAGCGGACUGUGGGUGUUGCGGAUCAUAGUGCUUUUGGGUCUUCGAAGGCAUUGUUCCAUGCCAUUGCCAGAUGCGCCGUCGAGAUGCCCGUGAUCAGUGGGCCAUCGGGUUAUAGGUCGUGGCUGCUGAGCGUUAAGCGUGGAUGUCUCGAACUGCUGUUGAGGUUGGCGACGUCCACGCUGACUGAGCGCAUCGUUCAGCCGGAGUUGCGUUCGAUGGAUUUCUUGGCCGCACUGUCACGAUCACAAGCACCAGCCUCUACUCAUCCAUGUUGGGACGGCAAGACGACUCUCGAACCAAGCGCUCUGUUGGACUCAUCCGCUACAGCUAUCCGCGACUUCAUGCAUAGUCGAGAGUCAUUCUUUGAAUAUGCUGCGUUCGAUCUACGGGCAGCUGUAGAACAAGGAGCGUUCUCCGUGCAAGAGAGAAUCGUGAGCAGCAUGCUAGGGUCCAUCAGAUUGAGCAACGGCGAAGAGCUGCCCACAUCAUCCAUCUUCGAGCUGUUUGAUUUCUUCGACGUGGAGACUGUGCCUGCUCUGGAGCCAAAUUACACCCAGUGCACGGUAUUUGGCGACAUCGAUCUCUCAAGCUGUACCAAGGACGAUCGAGAAACAGUAGUGGCGUUCGAUCUCAACCUCGCGCACCAAUUACUGAUUCUUCGAAAGCGUGAAUUGAAAGAAAAUGGGACGCUCAAGGAAGCUGCCGACUUCGACAAAGCGUCCGAUGAGAUAUCGGCCAUUCUUGCUUCGCUCACCAGCCAGAAUAAUUGGAGAGCGAUACAUGCAGCACGUGUUGCUGCGCUAGAAAGCUGGACCGAGCUGCUGUCGCUCAUUGUUACCAAAGGUGGUUUGGAUGACACUGCGAUCGUACCACUGUCACUGCAAGGGUUGCUUCUCGUGUUGCCCAAGUACGAGAAGAGUCUUGCGGACGACAUGGAAGCAGCUGGACUACUGGCCAAGCUUACCUUGACUUUCACGAUUGCGAUCAGUCCGGCUUCUCGCGAUUCGUCCCAGCAGACUGCGAACGUGGCGAAUGAGCGCUUGCUUACAAUAUUCCGGAUCUCACUCAAAGUGCUCACGGACAGCAGCACUGAUCCGGCUCUACGCGAUGUAGCGUACCGGACAAGCUGCACGAUUCUUGGGAACCUUUCAGCGUCGACCACGUCAACGAAUGCAAAGCAGCUCUACCAACUAGCGCAGAAUGCAGGCGAUCGGCUGCUUACUGUCGUUACUGAGGAUGCAUUCUCCGGACGCGGAGUUACACGCGUGUCCGCACUGUUGUUCCUGGACAGCAUGGUAUCACUGCACCAAGGCCUUAAACUGAACACGCCUUUGCUCAGGGCCUUGCUCAAACUGAACUUCAUUCCAGUUUUGAUCGAUAUGAGCAUUGGCAGUGUCUCCGCUGCAUUUCAUGCACAAGAAGAGGUGGUCACGACCCUUGCAUAUUUCCACACGGCGUUAGCACUCAUGUUGCGACUAUGUCAGACACCGGAUGGCACACAAUUGGUUCUUAAUUCUGGAUUUUUCAGUGCUGUUGACGACAGCAAAUUGUUCAGCACGGAUCCCGAUAUUGGCUUGGAUAUCGACAAUCCCUCGGCACUGGAAGAGUUCUACUCCAUACUAACAGAUAUACUGCGCGUGAUCGUUGCUGCUGUGGUCAGCAAAGGCUCCCAACCUGGAACAGCGUUCUUGCAACAGCAUCGCUAUACUGUCCAAGCAAUCUUCAAGCAGGCGUCUCGCGGGCAUGCGGUCAAGGUGGCAAAUGAGCUGAGCAGACUAAUCCUUGCGACGGAUUUCCUGGAGGAUGACGAAGCUGCCACUGGAGGGGCAUCGAGGAACGGCUUUACGUAGACAAAAUACUGCGCAAUGGAGCCCAAAGCUGGAACGCACCUCUUUUACAAUCAGUCGACUGCCAUGUGACCGUGAA